UAUAUAUCAAGAAUAGAUAAUUAAAAUUUUUCAUAUUAUAUUUUUAUAAAUUAGUAUAACUCAUACUCACUACCUCUUGACCUUAGAAAUUGAAAAUCCAUGCAAAUCAAACUUGAUUUGGCGUCGUUAUUUAUCCACUUGCACCUUUUAUAAAAAGGUUAACUAACCCUCAACCCAUAUGGUUAUUUAAAAAAUGAGUGAAAACAUUUAUAAUCUUUUAGAUUCAAAUAUUCUUAAUAGUAAAGAUAUAAAAUUGGAGCCAAUACCUUUAGCCUAUUUAGAUCAAAAAGAUGCAAAUAUUCAACCAGGGAUUGUCAAAAAGUUUUUACAAAAACAUUGUGGCUCUAAAACAAAAUCUAAAGAUAUACAUUCUACAUCCUACAUGAUAUUUAAUUUAAGAAAACAUGUUAUCACCAAAAAACGCAAAAAUAUCUCAAAAAUAAAUUCUGAUAAAGAUAUUAUAACAUUUAGGCCACAUAAAAAUAAGAAAAAGUAUCCACCCAUAUCUGCCAAAUACUCCAGAAAAUUUAAUAUAUAUAAAAUUCCCUCAAAUUUAAAAUAUGAAACAUUUGCUUUGCUGCAUCAACUAUGGAAAGAAUAUGCAUCAAAAUUGCUUGACAUAGACAGAUACGAUCAAAUAGCCACACCUAACAAAAUCAACAAUGAAUAUUUGCAAAUCAAAAUACUGAAGAUGGAUUUACACGGCGCCAUUUUGAAAGUUAUCGUGAGCGAGAAAUGCAAAACUCUCAAGGGAUUGAUCGGAAUCAUGAUCAAAGAAACCAAAAACACUUUCAAAAUCAUCUGUAAAGACCAUAGAGUGAAAACUAUCCCAAAAUACGCAAACCAUUUUGCCAUGCAAGUCCGGAAUCACCUGAUAACUUUUGACGGGAACAACCUUAUAACUAGACCUUACCAGAGAAUAACCAGGAAAUUUAAAGCGAAAUUUUAAUCUCUUAAUAUAUAUAGUCUUAUGUAGAGUUGUUAAACGGCUCGUUUUGAGCUUAUAUUUUUUUAAAAACGGCAAACUCAAUAUUUUAGCCAGAAAAAUAUUGUUUCUAAGCCUCGAAAUUUCGGUAAUAUAUGUAAAGACCCAUGUUCCUUCUAUGAACAAAAUCUUUAGGCUCGCGUAAUAUUUUUCUGGAUAAAAUAUUGAGUUUCCCGUUUUUAAAACUAGCCAUUUAACAAUAUUAGUCUUAUGAUUAUUAUUGUAAUGUAAAUAUAUAUAAUUUUAUAUCAUUUUUUUGCUCAAAAUGAAAUU